UCGCUCCACAGAUAAACCAGGAAUGUAUCUUGAAAUUUUACCAAAGCAACUCUUCCAAGAAGAAGAAAAAAGUGAUUUGAAAGAUUUACCCCAACCGAUUGAGCGUUUGUUGAUGGAGCACGGGACUCAUGGAAAUUCUAUUAUUAAAUACAAAAGCAAUAAAGCACAGACCAUUCGAAAAAAAUGUGUCAAUGCUUGGAAUCAACAAGAAGCAAGAUGGUGCUCUGAGGAAGAGGUGGAAAAAGUAUAUGCUGAUCAUGCAUUUGGCAACUUUUUAAAAAUUGCUGAAAGAAGGAUGAUAAGUUCAUUGAUUCACAAUGAUGCAGCUAAUUUCUUUUUGAAAGACGUUUCAACAUUGUAUAAAAAUGUUACUGAACCAAAGAUAAACAGAAGUUUGCAUGUAAUUAUAUUACUGAAACAUUUUGAUGAUGUUAUUGUUCACAAGUUUAAUCCAACUACACCUAAUUUAGUUGUCGGAGGUAGUUUGUCUGGACACUUAGUGUUGUGGCAAGUGAACUCUGAUUGCCUAUCUCAAGCUGCACAAUGUAUUGGUAAUGGUGAAAGUUUACAUAGUAAUGAUGAUUCAAAGCCUCCUGAAAUUUACUGUAGUGCUGUUUCAAAGUUGGAACAUAUUCAUUUUCAUGGCGUAUCAGACAUAAAAUGGAUACCUGCACAUUUUGAGGUUCUCCCUAAAGGCGAUAUUUAUUCAAAAACUUCUGAUGUGUCUCAUCAAAUAAUUUCUUGUGGCCUAGAUGGAACUUUAAAAUUUUGGGAUGUGCAAUAUAGUCUUCAAUCUAAGCCUGGAUCAUCACUUCCUAAAGAUUAUCAUCAUUUAAAUGAGACUUGGGAACCUUUUCAUUCACUGCCUAUGCAAACUUUCAAAUUACCCUUAUCAAUAACAUGCUUUGAUUUGCAAGAAAUUACACCAUGCUCAACAGCUCAUAGAACGUUGCAACUAGAAAAAGUUUCUGAAAGCAAUGAAUCUUCCACGAAGAUUUCUACUAAAUUUUAUGCUGGAUGUGAUAAUGGGGAAGUAUUUUGUGGUGAUUUCAAAUUACAGAAGGAUGAGAAAGGAAAAUUUAUAAAACCUGAAAUAAAAAUGUACUCUUCACCUCACAGUAGUCCUGUAACUGCCAUAGCUACUUCUCCUUUUCUGCCAAAUGUCUUUUUAAGCACAGGAUCACAAUUUGUGGCAAUUUGGGAGUACAAUAUCAAAACUAGGCCCAUCUUGGUCAGGAAGAUACCUCAGUACAUCUCUUGUGCAGAAUGGUUGUGUUUACGUCCUGCAGUUUUUAUUUUAGGAUUAGAGGAUGGAUCCAUUGAAGUUUGGGAUUUAUUACAAAGCUUGUAUGAACCAAUUCUUGUACAGUUCGUUUCUGCAUCAGCAAUAAGAUCGCUGUCUUCAUCUCACUUUAAAGGAUCACCCACUGAAGAACUUAUAUUAGCUGUUGGUGAUUCACAAGGAACUAUCUACAGCUUAGCCCUGCCUGAUAAUUUAACAGUCUUUGCUCCUAAUGAAUUGAAUCGGAUGGAAGAGCUUGUAAAUUUACAAGUUAUUCAAAUACACAAAGAAAUGAAAAGUGCAAAAGACAGUGAGGUAAAACAAAUGAAUGAUACUCCAAAGAAACAACCAGUUACUAAAAGUGAGGCUGUUAAAGAUGAGAUUGAAUCGAGUACAACAGAAGUUAUUUUGGAGGAGGACCACAUAUUACAAGCUUAUGCAAAUUUUGUGGAAUUGCAACAAACACAAAUUAGAAAUCUUGGUUUUGAUUCAGAAGAAACUUUUAGGGAAACUGAAUAUGAAACAAAUGAUUAAAAACUUCACAUCAAGAAAGCCGCUUCAUUCAAAAAUCUGCUGUCCAAAUGUAUCCAAAUUCAAAAGAAAUUCCUCAAUACAUUUCAUGACACAGCAUUAGAUACUUUUAUGAUCACUUCUAAAUCCUCCUUUCAUUGAAAGAAAAGAAAGUGAAUAAAUUUGAUGUAUUCAGAUUGUCUCAGUCAAGUAUUGAUUUCUUUGAUUAAACC